UUAAAUCGCUUGUAAAUCGUUUUGAUCCAGUUCCGUUCAGCCACAUCUAAAGUAAUUCAUUAACCAAUCCAACAGAUUACCUGCCCCAGUUUGUGAUUCAUAUCAUGAACAACAUUUAUUGGACUAACGCAUGGAUGUAUAAAGUGAACUGGAUACUGCGUCGGAUUCGGAAGCGGAGCACCGUACAUUCCUAAAAAUUGCUCGGUUGCGCAUGAAGCUCAAAAUGUAGCGACUGAUUCAGAAAGUACCCGGAUCAUCCGGGGCCUUUUACUUAUGGAGCGUGCGCACUUGCGUUUUCCUUAAGCCCCGCCUCCGAUAUCUUGCUCUCGGCUCAGUCAAAUUAAUGGAGAUGAAUGAUUUAAACAAGGGCUAAAUAAGGGUUCGUGCUGGGUCGUUUAUUUCGCAAAAAAAUAAGUAUUCGCUGAUUUACAGACGUCUCUUUCCCAAUGUUAGUCAUUGGGAAAAUGGUUUUAGGGGAAAUGGUUGAACUGACGUCAAGGACGCUGUCAUGACAGUUGCACGGUUGCUUUUUUCACUACGGCCAUUCAAAAAAUCCGCUUCAGAAGCCGUCGCACUUCCUGGGGUUUGGAUUAUGACAAACGAAGUCGUUGCUGCGCAACUUUAACCGUUGGUGAGCACCUCGAACACAGCGGAGCCGUGGAGGCGGACGCUGAUUUCUGCGCAUGCCCAGUCUGAAUUUCGGGGAUGGGUCUAUCGAUGGAAUCAAGAUGGCGACUCUGGCGAAAGCGCCAAUAUAUUUACUGAAGUAGAUGUUCAAAAUCAACCGCAGUAGCGUGUUUUCUCAAGCCCCCGAGGGGUUCCGUGAAACAUGAAGACUGGGAACAUGUUUUGGGAGUGGAACUGACCGGGAUUAAUACCGUAACAAAGUCAGCGAGAUGUGUGAGAGCUAUGCCCGCUCGCUGCUGCGUGUUUCGGUGGCGCAGAUCUGCCAGGCUCUGGGCUGGGAUGCGGUUCAGCUCACUGCAUGCGAUCAGCUGUCCGAUGUGCUGCAUCGGUACAUCCAGCAGCUGGCCAAAGUCUGCCACCGGUACUCUGAACUCUAUGGAAGAACAGAUCCUGUCCUGGAUGAUGUCAGCCAGGCCUUCAGACUGCUGGGGGUGAGUCUGAGUGAACUGGAGGACUACGUCCACAACCUGGAGCCUGUGGCCUUCGCCCAACAAACGCCACUCUUUCCUAUCAGCAAAAACAACGUCUUGCAGUUUCCCCAGCCUGGAGCCCGAGAUGCUGAGGAAAGGAAGGAAUACAUUCCAGAUCACAUGCCACCCCUGGUCUCCUUAGAAGAUGAAGAGGAGGAGGAGGAGGUCCUUCCUGACAUGGGCACCUCAGCCGAAGCUAUGCAGGUGGCACUGGAAGAGGACGACGAGGAAAUAGACGAAGAUGAGACGGUCAACGAUGAGAACCACCCACUGAAGAGGCACCGGGACCUGGACAGUCCAGAUGCAGCUUUGGGCAUGAUGCCUACUAAAAGACCCCGCAUGUACCCCGGCCUCAGCCCAGAAUGGGGGGUUGAGCCCAGGGAGCCUCUUACCUCUCUCAACCCUCAACGUGUUCCCCCAGGCAUGCUGCCUUCUCAUGAUAGCCUUGACCCCAUGUCUCCUGAAACACCUUCUGGAGCCCUGCCUUCCUUCAGACCUCAGCCAGUAGUACCAAAACACUCUGAUCAAAAGGGCCUCACCACUCCAGGAAGAAAGCCUAAGGUCUCGUCACCUGGCAGACAACGGACUAAGUCCCCAAAAGGGGUCCUUCCUGUUCCGGUGGGAGGUAGUCCCCUCCAUUCACCUAAAACGUCUAAGGAAAGAAAGAAAUCCCCGGGGAGAACGAAGAGUCCUAAAAGCCCCAAGAGCCCAAAGACAGCUUCAGCCAAAGCAUCCCAACCCCAGAGCAAGUCGGAUGUUGUGCACAAGCUCCCGAUGUCUGCGCUGAGCGAGAGGAUGGGCAAGGAGAACAUCCAUAUGCGUCAAAAUAUAGAGGACAGGGAGUUAGAUGAGGGCCCCUUCAAGACACUAGAGCCUGAAAGUGCAGACAUCGAGGACUCCAUCGAUGCUGUGAUUGCAAGAGCGUGUGCUGAGCGGGAUCCGGAUCCUUUUGCUUUCUCCUCGGGCUCUGAUUCGGAUAGCAAUGGAAUCUCCAGUCCAAGGAGGCUGACCAUCAUGGAGCCAACUAUGCCUAAACUCCAGAUUGGGAUCUCUGCGAAAGACACAUCAACACCGCUUCACCUACAGGCACACGCAGGACCCGGAAAAUGGACUAUGGAUGAUUCGAUCAAUGAGGUGAUCCGAAAGGUCAACCAGGGGGGUCCUUCUGCACCCCAACAAAGCCAAGGGGAGUACGUCUCGUCGGGAUCAGCUUCACCGCCUACACCUGAACCUUUACUCAAGUUGUUUGAGGAGAAGAACAAGAUGGUGCCAUCAGUAGACGUGAAGAAAAAGCUGAAAAAGGAGCUCAAGACUAAAAUGAAGAAGAAGGAGAAGGACAAGCCGAAAGACAAAGAUCGGGAAAAGGAUAAGGGCAAGCUGAAAGAGAAGAACAAGGAUAAGAACCGGGAUAAAAACAAGGACUUUUUCAAGGAUGGAAAGAUGCCCUGGAAGGAGUUUGGAAUGAAGGAUGACGAGCACUUCCUUCAGCGAGACUUCACUCUUCCUGAGGGCUCCAUCAAGAUAAAAACCAGAGAUGUAGAUGUCCCUAAGAAGGAGAAGGAGAAACACAAAGACAAAAAGAAGGAUAAAGAAAAGAGUAAAAAGGACAAAGAUAAGAGGGACAAGGGUAAAGACAGGAACAAGGAGGACCGGCAGAAACAGUCUGCGUUAGCGCCCUUCGCUCUGGGUGAAAUCCCCCAACUGUUCAGCGCCGCUUCCUGCCUGCGCAUCCCCUCUAUGCUCCCUCCUCUGGCCCCGAUCCUCCAGGAUAAGGAGAUAAAGAGCAAGGAGAAGGACAAGAAGAAGGACAAGAAGGAGAAGAAGAAAAAGAAAGACAAGGAGAAGGAUAAGGAGCGAGAGAAGGCCAAAGAAAAGGAGAGAGAGAAAGAGGAGAAGAGGAAAGAAAAGGAGAGGGAAAAAGAAAAGCGGGAAAAGGAGAAGGAGAAGGAAAAAGAAAGAAUUCGGUUGGAGAAGGUGAAAGUAGAGACUCCAGUAGUUCUGCCUUCUCCAGUGAUCCCCAGACUGACGCUCAGGGUGGGAGCAGGCCAGGACAAAAUUGUCAUCAGCAAGGUGGUUCCGAACUCGGAGCCCAGGACGCCGGUACCCAGGACCCCCGCCUCCAAGUCUGGACCAGGGAACCGACCUCGGACGCCGCCUCCAGUCCUCGUGCCGGUCAUCCCCAUCCUGCCUCCAGCGCCCUCUCCUCUUCCACCAGCUCCUGCCACUUCAUCGCUGCUCUCCGCGGCCCCGAUGCUCUCCCCCGCCGCAUCCUUCAAGACGCCGGUCCGGAGCGUAGUAACAGAGACGAUACGAGAUGAAUGGGGAAACCAGAUCUGGAUUUGUCCUGGAUGCAACAAAGCUGAUGAUGGCAGUCCCAUGAUAGGAUGUGAUGACUGUGAUGAAUGGUAUCAUUGGCCUUGUGUUGGGAUCCUUACCGCUCCUCCUGAGGACCAGCAGUGGUUCUGUGUUAAAUGUUCCAGCAAAAAGAAGGACAAAAAACACAAGAAAAGGAAACACAAACUGCAUUGAGACUAUGCAAAAAGCACAUUUUUGAACUUUUUUGGACUUGAAGCCAUCACUGAACACUCGUGGCACUGCUGUAAAAUAAAAAAAGAAAGUUUAAAAUUGAGGCUGUUACUAACAUCUGAUGAUUUUUAAUAAUGAUGUCAGCCAUGAUGCGUUGUAAGUUCGAAGGAAGAAAAAAGGCUUUAACCAGCACAUAUCCAGCCUUAGUUCUCGUGUGGACUCCGUGGGUUUCUCUUUUCACCUGUACACUGUUUGCUUGUUGUUUUGGUUAUCCAGUCGUAGGAGAUCCUGACAAUUACGUCCGUAUAAGGUGACCAUGACAAUUUGAUGAGAGCUCAAAAAAGCAGAAAACCAGAGAACAACUUAACAUCAUCGUCUUUUUUUCUGUUUCCUUUGUCGCCACAAAAUGAAUGACCACCAAGUCAGACCUUUCCCCAGUGUCCUGCAGUAUCAUUGACCUGUCAUGUAUAUAAUGAUGAUGGAAUCAGGUGUGUAUAAAUGUGUCUACCAACUUCCAAGCAAAGUGCAUUUUGUUCUUAGGAUUUCUGACUUGUUAAAUCCAUUUUCAGAUAUUGGUUUUUAACUUGAGUGAUUUUCUGUAAUUUCUGUACAUUUUUUUAAAUUUAAAGUUUGUAUUUUUAUUAUUUCUUCACAUGGAUAUGUCCUGGAGUUAAUACUGUAGCUGUGCUUGUAAUGUAAUUCAUUUAGCUGAUAUUUCAAUAUUAAAGUUGAUCGGUCUGUGUACUCACAGACUUUACGAUGUAAAUCUCAAUACAAUCAAAA